AUGGCGGCAGGGGGCUGCCCGCCUGAGAGGGGGUCCAUGCGCAUGGGGGAAGAAGCUCGGCUCGGAGCCACAGCGGCGCGGCGUGAGGCGAGACGCAGGCGGCUGCUGGCUUGUGAAGCUGGUCUACGCCGAGCUCCUGGGGACAGGGAAGGGGCCAGGCCCGGCUCGUGGAGGGAUCGCGAGGCGGCAUCCCGCCCAGCCCUGAGAGCGGCGGCAGCGGGAAGGAGAGUCUGUGGCAGUUCCCGUCUCCGCCGCAACGUGGCGCGGCAUGCUGCUCAGCCGCCCCCCUGCGGGUUUGCGAGGGCCUCGAGGGCGGACCUCGCGCGGGCGGCUGCGGGGCCACGUCUGGCGGCCUUUGGCGGGGGCGCGCCUGGACCCGUGUACGAGGCGCUGGAGGUGCAGAGCCAAGGAGCAGGCGUUGACGCGGGCAGUGUGCUGCAGCCUACCGCGGUGGUGUGGCAGCCGCUCGCGGCGCGCCCGUUCCAGCAGCUGCGGCCCCAUGCCCCAGGGGUCUGGUCAGUUCGCGACGAGGUGGCCGAAGGCCGCGCGCUGGCAUUCGGGCAGGGCCUGGAAGCUGGAUGGCGGCUGGCGGCUUCCGCUCGCGAAGGCAGUGAUGGGGUCCUUCUUGGUAUUUGGUGA